CCGAAAUUUUUGACACGUGCCGAACGUGAAGCACUCGCAUUGAAGAAACGUGAAGAACAAGUAGCAAAACAACGAGAAACUCAAAAAGCACUGCUUGAGAAACGGAAAGCAUUUAUUCAAGAUGCUAAAAGAGCAGAAAAAGAACGUGACCGAGAACGUGAAAAGGAACGCAAAGAUCGUGAACGUGAACGUGAACGUGAACGCGAACGUGAAAAAGACACAGAUCGUGAAAAGGAUCGCGAGCGAGGACGUAGAAGUCGGAGUCGCGAUCGAGAAGGACGAAGAAGUAGAAGUCGAGAAAGAAGAAGUCGAAGUCGCGAAAGACGAAGUAAAAGUCGUGAACGACGCAGUCGUAGUCGUGAGAAACGUCAAGAAACGGAAAAAAAUGAUCGUAAUGGAGAAGUGAAAGAUGAAAGAGAAACCGAUAAAGAUUUGGAAAAGCUCAAUGAAGCUAUCCGUCAGCGUUACCUCGGAGGACAGAGAGAGAAACGAAAACGUGGUCGUCGAUUGCAUGAGCGGAAGUUCAUUUUUGAUUGGGAUGCUGGCGAAGAUACGUCAAACGACUACAAUAAAUUAUACCAGAAUAGACAUGAAGUGCAAUUUUUUGGUCGAGGAUCCAUAGCUGGAAUGGAUGUAAACGCACAGAAGAAGCAAAAAUCGGAGUUUUAUGCGAAUUUAAUGGAAAAGCGGCGAACCAAAGAAGAGAAACAGCAAGAAGAACUACGAUUGGCUGGUGUAAAGAAAAAAGAGAAGAAGGAAGCAUUUGAUAAUAGACAUUGGACACAAAAAAACUUGGAUCAGAUGACUGAACGUGAUUGGCGUAUAUUUCGGGAAGACUUCAAUAUUUCUAUUAAAGGUGGCCGUGUUCCGAAACCGUUGCGCAAUUGGGAAGAAGCAGGCUUACCUUCAGAAGUCUUUGAUGUUAUUAUGAAAAUUGGUUACAAGGAACCAACACCAAUCCAACGGCAAGCAAUUCCCAUCGGCUUGCAAAAUAGAGAUAUAAUUGGCGUAGCGGAGACUGGAUCUGGAAAGACGGCUGCCUUUUUAAUACCACUUCUGGUGUGGAUAACAUCAAUACCAAAAUUUCAUGGUAACGAUGAACAAGACACAGUUAGUUUUUAUUUGCCAAUUUUUUAA